AUGCCAGCCCCAGGCAAACGAGUCGGGGGCGAAACAGGCAGCGUUCGCACCCCUCUCCCCUUAGACAAGCUCAACCUCUACCUCUCCCAACGUGUGCCCCAGGCAACGACUCCCGUGAGCGUAAAGCAGUUCAAGUUUGGACAGAGCAAUCCCACCUAUUUCCUAACCGAUGCACUAGGGCAGCGCUUCGUUCUCCGCCGAAAACCCACAGGCCCGCUCCUCUCCCCCACCGCACACGCCAUCGAGCGCGAAUACCGUAUUCUCUCCGCCCUCGGGGUGCAUAACCGUUCCCCCUCUACCUCAGAGGGCCAGCGAGUGCCGGUGCCCGAAGUAUAUGCGUUAUGCGAAGAUGCAGAAGUGCUAGGAGCGCCAUUUUAUGUUAUGCAGUUCCUGGAUGGGCGGAUAUUUACCGACCCGGAAACUCCAGAGCUUUCUAAAGAGGAGAAACAGACCUGCUGGCUUUCAGCGGUCCGUGCACUCGCAGCGCUCUCCUCACUUUCCCCAUCCUGCCUAGGGCUAGAGAGCUAUGGCCCCUCCACCCCUUACUUCCCCCGCCAGAUCCGUUCGCUCACCCGUGUCUCACAUGCUCAGGCUUCCACGGCCGACGUCGACACUGGCGCGUUAGUUGGCCCUAUACCACAGUUCGAUACGCUUAUUGACUGGUAUACGCGGCAUCUUCCCCAAGCAGAGGAAGUCAGAAUAGUGCAUGGGGAUUAUAAGCUUGACAACUUGGUGUUCCACCCUACAGAACCCAAAGUCAUUGGCAUCUUGGACUGGGAACUGAGCACGCUAGGCAACCCCCUGGUAGACCUUGCCAACCUCCUCCAACCAUGGUACGCCGACCCCCUGUUCCUCACUCCAGAGCUUCAGACACAAGGUAAAUGGCGCGCCUGGAAGAGUCUCCCCUCUGACCGACUACCCGCCCCGCCGCUAGAGGUAUUGGAGAGAGAGUACGCGCAGUUGAUGGGGUUGGCGUACCCAAUUAAGGAUAUGAACUUUGCCAGUAGUUGGAUGUUUUUCCGGCUUGCAGUGAUAGCUCAAGGGAUCGCAGCCCGAAACGCAAGACGUCAGGCUUCGAGUGAGAGAGCGGCAAUCUACGGAAAGGCGUUUCCGAUCAUGGGUGUGUUGGCGAAGCAGCUUAUGGAUGAAGAGGACGCAAGGAGGGCUAGGCUGUAGAUAUGUUAGCGUGGGG